AUGGUCACCACCGUAGCAGACGCGUUGGCUAAAGCCCGCAGAUGCGUUAGCAGUCCUAAGAUCGUCAUCACGUAUCUCUGGUUCAGCACGAUGCUGCUUGGAUUCAUGUACGCGAUUGUCGCAAUUGUAGCGGCCGUGAAUAACAACCACGAAGGCGAGAGUGAUUCCAAGUCGCUCGGCUUCGUCGGCAUCUGGGCGAUGCUUCUUAUCAUCGCACUGUCCAUCGGAGGCACCAUGGUCAUGAGGAAGUACCCGACACCGCUGGCUGUCGGAUUUCUCAUUGGCGUCGUGCUCAUGAUGUCGCUGCAAAUGUUCUCGCUCUCGAUUAUCUUUGCAGGAGCCGCCUACUUGGCCCGUAUCGAGCGUGCCAAAGGUGACAGGCACACCAAUGUACACACGAACGAGGCCGGCUCGGUUUUCUCCUUCUUCAUGUUCCUAGUCUACGCCGUUUUUGCCGUCGUGCUAGUGUACUAUCGCAAUUUCGUCAUCAAGGAAGGCGUGAGCUUGGAUUCCAACGCUGUUCGCAAUAACGUUGAGAAGAACCCGAGAGGAUCGACGGGUGGGUCAAUGACGGCCACCACUGCCACGUCACCGCGUAUCGUCAUUGCUUGA